AAAAACCAGUUUAAACUGGAUCCCGCUUCUCUUCAUAAGGCGAAUCUUGUGAUGACAGUUUAUAGUUUUCCAUUAUAGGGUAGGGAAGAUAUACGCACUAGAGUGUCACCGCUAGUGGUCAAGUGGUCAUUCGUUUGUGUGUGUAUUGACCAGUGGGCAGUACUUGACGAACUGUGGACUGAGAUAGACCGACACUAAAGCAGAAAUACUUAGGACAGAAAGGGAAGGAAGAAAAUUUUGCGGCUAGACAGUGCAGAUUACAAAACCAGAAGCCAUGUCGACAAGCGUGUUCCUUGUUGCGUUGUGUUUGAUGGUUACCAUGGUGGUGGCCCAGACAUCCCCAUCAAAAAAGCAGUGUUUGUCUAAAGGCACUUCCACAUGGACAGCAUGUACCGACAACAAGAUGAAUCAGACAUUUACAUCCACCUUUACGGGGUGUUCUACUGAUCCUCUCGUUCAGGUGCUUAACUGUACUUACUCCAAAACAAAAGCAUCCAAAAAGAGGGACUGUGCGAAAACGAUCAUGGAUGAUCUGACAACCUGCGCAACUGGUGCAAUUUUUAACCGCACUUACAGCGAGGCUGGCACCCAAUGUAAAGUCAGAAAACAAACUGCCAAAAAAUCUACUGAAAUGGAUUGUAACAAGUUCUACAAAGUGAAGGGAGAGAAAGUGAAGGGAGAGAAGAAAGCUGGAAAGAAGGCGAGCAAAAAGGCCAAAAGAAUCAAUCGCAAGAGCAAGAGAAUCGGUAAGGAUGAAAACAUGAAUUAACUUGCUUGGAAUGAUUUAGUUUGCCUGCAAAGCAUCCCUAGGACACAGACUGUACAGUAGAAGAUGCAAGCACCUGUGUGAUACUGAUGACUUUUUUCUUCUUCCAAUGCUUUGUGAAAACCUGUUGAUCAUUCGUUGUUAAGGCCAAAAAAAGAAUGUUUGUUUCUGAUUUCACAGCCAUGUCAGGAUUUUUUUAGUUUACUUUUAUUUGAAGGUUAAGUAGUGUCUUGAUAAAAUUGCCAAACUUUGUUUGAUGGCAAUAAGAAAUUUUCGAGUUGGGUCAGGAAACUGGAAACAAACAUUACUUUUUUUUGUCAUGCCUAAUAUAAUUAUUUUCUGUAUUUUGUAAAGAUUGUACUUUAUAGGGACUUCAUAGUCUUGCACAUUAUUGUACCAUAAAAAAGAGACAUACAUUUUAGUUACAUUGUAAACUGAAAAAAAUAUCAACAACUUAAAAACAGGUUUGCUUUGCUCGCAGUUAGUUACCUUGUGUUUAACAGUUUUAGAAAUUUUGUUUUCUUCAAUGGUCUAACUAAAUUAUUGUCAACUUUAACUUCAAUUAUUUGUUAAGUUCUAUCCUUUGAUAUUGUUCAAUUAACAGCAUGUGCUAUUUGAAAUACUAACUCAGUAACUAUAACAAUUCAGAAAUAUCGAUAAAUUUAUAUACCGGUAAUGUAAAUCGAUAAAAAAAAAUAUAUCUUUUUUUUAUAUAAAUUUAGUUUUAAUUUAUUUUUAACUUCCUUUAUCAUACCUUUUUCAUGGUUUCAAUUUUUUAAGAAUAAAAUUUGCAUUUUUCAUAUUAUUUUCAUUGAGAUUUGUUCAGAUAAAAUGUUUAUAUAUGUUGAUGUUGUUAAUGUAAUAGUGUUUUAAUAGAUUUGUUGCAUUUUGUCAAAUAUUAAGUGUCUAGUACUCUUUUCUAAUAAACUCAAUAAAGUCUU